UGACCGCCGAUUUUCGCGCCACUCGCUGUGAGGGGGAGACCGUGGCGGGAAAGAGCGUGAGGGGAAAAUCGGGAUCGUGAGGGGAGAACCGCGAUCGUGAGAGGAAAAUCGGGAUCGUGAGAGGAAAAUAGCGAUCGUGAGGGGAGAAUCGCGAUCGUGAGGGGAAAAUCGCGAUCGUGAGAGGAAAAUAGCGAUCGUGAGGGGAGAAUCGGGAUCGUGAGGGGAGAACUGCGAUCGUGAGGGGAAAAUCGGGAUCGUGAGGGGAAAAUCGGGAUCGUGAGGGGAAAAUCGCGAUCGUGAGGGGAGAACCGCCAUCGUGAGGGGAAAAUCGGGAUCGUGAGGGGAAAAUCGCAAUCGUGAGGGGAAAAUCGCCAUCGUGAGGGGAAAAUCGCGACAGGAGCUGCCCCGAAAUGGCCCCGCGCGACUACGACAGCGAAAAAGAGAAGGCGAAGCGAUUUUUUCAGGAGUUUUACCGGGAUGGCCYCGACGGGCGGAAGGAAUUCCCGUACCGGGAGCAUGCCACCUACAGCUGUGACCAGUGCGGGGCUGAGACCUACCAACCGAUUGAAAGCCCAACGUUCACUCCGCUGCUGCUGUGCCCGAGCCGGGAAUGCCAAACCAACCGCUCGGGGGGACGGCUCUACCUGCAGAGCCGGGGCUCCAAAUUCAUCAAAUUCCAGGAAUUGAGGAUCCAGGAGCACUCCGAUCAGGUGCCCGUGGGUCACCUGCCCCGAUCGCUGUCCGUGCACCUGAGCGGGGCCAACACGCGCCAGGCCCAGCCCGGGGACCACGUCAGGGUCAGCGGAGCCUUCCUGCCCCUGCUGAGGGGAGGAUAUGGACAGGUGACACAGGGGUUGCUGUCAGAGACCUUUCUGGAAGGGAUCCGAUUUUGCCGUCCAAAUUCCCGAAUUUUGCCCGAAUUCCCGGGUUUUGCCCCAAUUGCAGGUGAGGAUUUCUACGGGAAGUUGGCGGCCUCCAUCGCCCCCGAGAUCUUCGGCCACGAGGACGUGAAAAAAUCGCUGCUGCUGCUGCUGGUGGGGGGCGUGGAGAGGAGCCCCAGGGGGAUGCGCAUCAGGGGGAACAUCAACAUCUGUCUGAUGGGGGACCCCGGUGUGGCCAAAUCUCAGCUCCUCUCCUACAUCGACCGCCUCGCCCCGCGCAGUCAAUACACCUCAGGCCGUGGCUCCUCGGGUGUUGGCCUCACCGCCGCCGUUCUCCGCGACCCCAGCACGGGUGAGCUCACUCUCGAGGGCGGCGCUCUGGUGCUGGCGGACGGCGGCGUUUGCUGCAUCGACGAAUUCGAUAAAAUGCUGGAGGGCGAUCGGGUGGCGCUGCACGAGGCCCUGGAGCAGCAGAGCGUGGCCGUGGCCAAAGCGGGCGUGGUGGCCACUCUGAGCGCCCGCUGCGCCGUCCUGGCGGCCGCAAACCCCGCCCUGGGACGCUACGACCCCGCCCGGGGGCUGGACAAGAACCUGGGGCUGCCCGCGGCGCUGCUGAGCCGCUUCGAUCUGGUCUGGGUGCUCCAGGACCGGCCCCACAGACACCGGGACCUGCGGUCAGUCAAACUGGGAUGGACUGGGAUAUACUGGGAUGGAUACGGGAUCACUGGGAUGGACUGGGAAUCGAUUGAGAGGGUCUGGGAUGGACUGGGAAUGGAUUGGGAAUCGAUUGAGAGGGUCUGGGAUGGACUGGGAA